AUGGCUGCAGCAUUUACCUCGUCCUCCAGCGCCUCCUAUGCGGACUGCGUCAGCUCGCUCCGCACCUCCCUUCAGUUCCUCGAGUCCUCCGUCCAGACUCUCGACGAUGGCGUCUCCGACUUUCCUCGCCUCAUAAAUGUGCUCAAGUCCGUACGGCACUACGAGCUCAUCCCCCAACCCACACUUGCCGCUGCCGAGGCUUCCUUAAGAGACGAGAUCGGCCCCUACGUCGCGCUGCUCCUCUCCCGUGCCGACUCGCAGAUUGAGCGGCAAGAUCGGCGCAUCGAGACGCUCAAGGCCCGCGCUGAGCUGCAACAGGGCCGCCUCUCCCGGCCCGACGCCCCCACACCUGCGAAGGACCGCGCCAAAGGCAAGAGGCUCAGCGGCGAGGACAAGCUCCGCGCCAGGGCCGUGAAGCAGAGAAAGGAAGCGUUGCGCUACGGCGUCGAGAGACUCGAGCUCGAGGUGCUGCAGAAGGAGAGGGAGCUAAGGAAACGACUCGACGGAUGA